AUCUCCAUCAGCCGCUCCACUCCCGUAAACUCAGCACGGGAAGCGUCCGUCAAACACGAUACAAACAGCGUCUUAUCAGUUCAUAAGUAGUCCCUCUCAUCUUCAGAUAUGGAAGCGGCAUCCUCCUCCAGUCUGUGCAGAUACAGUUAUGAAGACUAUAAGGAGACAGCAGACUGGCUUCUGGUCCACACAGAUCUGCGUCCUAAAGUAGCCAUCAUCUGUGGAUCAGGUCUGGGCGGUCUGGGUGACCUGCUGAGUGAAAAGACUAUGUUCCCAUAUACGGAUAUUCCACGUUUUCCUACCAGCACUGUGCCGGGCCAUGCUGGUCAGCUGGUGUUCGGGAGGCUGCAGGGCCGUGACUGUGUCUGCAUGCAGGGGAGAUUCCACUUCUACGAGGGCUACAACAUACACACGGUGACGUACCCGGUGCGAGUCUUCUACCUGCUGGGCGUGGAAACUCUGAUUGUGACAAACGCAGCGGGCGGAGUUAAUGGUUGCUACGAUGUGGGAGACAUCAUGCUCAUUAAGGAUCACAUCAACAUGCCAGGCUUUGCUGGGCAGAACCCACUUUGUGGGCACAAUGAUGACAGGUUUGGAGUGCGUUUCCCUUGCAUGUCGGAUGCGUAUGACCGUGAGCUUGGCACUCUGGCCAAACAAACGGCUGAGGAGCAGGGCUGCGACAGCUUCCUGCGGGAAGGCGUUUACUGCAUGCUGGCUGGACCGACAUACGAGACCAUUGCAGAGUGCAGAAUCCUGCAGAUGCUGGGGGCUGAUGCUGUUGGUAUGAGCACAGUGCCAGAGGUGGUGGUGGCUCGUCACUGUGGCUUGCGUGUCUUGGGUCUGUCCCUCAUUACCAAUAAAGUGGUGACAGAUUAUGACAGCUUUGAGAAGGCGAACCAUGAGGAGGUGCUGAAGACCACCCAGCGCAGAACCCAGGACCUCCAGAGGCUCGUCAGCCACCUCGUCGCCAAGAUCUAGUGCCAUCAUCUGAAAUCUGAAGACACAAAAAAAAAUUCAGCCUCGCAAUUAAGUCUUUGGUGACUUAUUGGUGACUAAUAUUAACUUUGAACAAAAGGUAAAAAAUGAGGUGCAGAAGGUGAACUGCUCAUGUAGGCUGUAUGUGGAUAAGUUCAUGCUUAUGUGGAUAUUGUGGUUAACUGGGGGUGUGAGUGAAAGGUUUUUGAGGUAGAGCGCAGAGUUAAGAAAAGAAUGUUGAGAAUGCCACUUGUAAACGCUGGAAAUGUCGAUGGCCUUUGAUGAAUGUUGACAAUGUUGUUUAUAGUUUGCUAUUCAGUGCUAUCACAGCAAGACUUUCACAACCCUGGAUCCAGUCCCCAUGAAUCUCUUUCAUGGGGAUCUUAUAUAAUAUAGUUAUGACAGAUAGCUACGGUAUAUUUGUUCUUCAGAGGUAUAAUAUCUGACAGAGCAACAAUUAUCCAGUAAGCCAUUAAUCUAAACGUUUUAAUAGAAGGCAAGGAUUGACUUUAAUAAAUAUUUUUCUUUGGACAGUUUUUGGUUUAGCACUGUUGUAUCCUCCUAAAGCAAAUCAUUAUGAUUAGUAGGGGAUUACCAGACCCCUUGAAACACUUAAAGAGUAAUUUAACACCAGGAUGAAAUGCAGUGUUUCACUGCACUCGCUAAUUGAAAGUUUAUUGAAAGUAUAUUUUACCAACAGGCUACGGCAAGCAUCGCUGUUGCCUGUAACGUAUCUAGCAGUGAUGUCACGGUGCACUGACACAUACUGAAGUACACGUUACAUGCAUUGCUGCAAGGUGGGGAGUUUAUCAGGCUGUUCUCGUACACUGUUCGUACUUAUACCUACAAAAAUAAUGCAAAUGUAUUUUUUUAAUUUAAUUUUUAAUGUAUUAUUAUAUAACCUUCAUAAUCAAUUGGUAUACAACCCACAUAAUGGUGAGCCAGAACUGACGUAGUAUAAAGAGCGACAAAGUCCAUAUAGGAAGGUAAUCGGGGUGCAUAGGUAGGUCCAAAAAAACAGGACUUUAACCCAGGAGAUCCCAGUUUGUGGCCCGUGUGAAAACAAAAGUCAACGGUCAACUUUCAUACAUAAGUAAUGCUUUCAUAGUUAUUUUAACCCAAACCGCAACCUUUUCCAAAACGAACCAAGUAGUUUUGUUCACACAGGUUCUGCAUUGCAGAGCCUUGCGCACUGGAGGAAAGAAAAAACAUGAUUUUCAAUUUCAGUUUCUCCUUAACAAUAAGUGGUGCAACAUGAAUCAUGAGAUCUGGAAACCAGGAUGAGGAAAUAUUUUGAAAGUAAUUUGUUGGGUGUCUCUAAAAUCUGUAGGUGACAUAUUGACUUUUGGUGUGUGUUUAAUCCAAAUCCAGAAUAUUGUGGUGGUUACUUAAGAUCACAGCAUACAAUUCCCUUAUUUAAAACGAUCAUCUUCUCAUAUAUCCCAGAUCAUGGAUCAAUAAAUGUAAUAGGAAUACAGCGGUGGCCCCCUAUGUAUUUCUGUCUGUUUGGGUUUUCCUUUUACAGUACUACUUGUUAUGCUUGUGAGUGGCAGCAUACAAAAAGACUGGGAGGGCUGAAUCUGCAUAUUGAGUGCGAAAAAAAUAUAAUGAAUAUAAGACAUAUUUAUGGUCAGUUUAUGGUGCUCACUACUAAUGAGUACUAAUGAGUACUAUAAACGCAUAAAACCUUUAGAUAUACUGGGAGGAUUGUGUCAUGGUUAGUAGUUAUAAUCACUGGGUCAUUUCCUGUUCUUGGUGAUGGAUGUUUUCUUUUGUUUAUUUUAUCUCAUCUUUAGAUGAGUGUCUAUAAUUAAGGUGCGUAGCCUCCAUUAUGUAUACGUACAUUUGUUAUAUGAAUACAUUGCUGUUUGUCUUAUUUACCUUUCGAAAGAGCAAUGUAUGCAACUACCACCUAUCAAUGCAUCAGGCACUAGAUUACUAGAUUAAGGUGUAUUCAGUGGACGCUGUGCACUAUGCGUCGGCCUUGACAUGUUGGUGCAGGGAUAAAGGAAGUUAAUCCACAAUAAUAAUAGUUGCUAAUUAGAGAGUAUACAGAACCAUUCUUGUGAAUAAAUAGGAUCAUUGGGACCAACCGGCACCUGCUUUCCUUUAUUUUGUGAUUGCUUGUUUUUAACAAUGUACAAUAAAUAGUUAUUUUAGCUAUACAUCAGUGGGUAUAUUUACACUGUGAUCAAAUCAGAGUUGUUUAUUUUCAGACAAAUCACUUAUUUUAAUUAAGCAAUGUAUUUAUCGAUGAAAAAACUUUGACUAAAUGGAAAUUGUAUGUCGAUCCUAAUCCUUGUCGGAUCUCCAUUGAAAAUAAAGUUUUAGCUGAAUCAGUUUCUGAAAAGCCUGUCCACAAUAUAAUCGGAAAGAAAUGCCUAAAAUCAAAGGCUAAUCUGGUCAAGCAGUCGUGAUAUAUGAAGGUUUUUCUGGGGUGGAUUGCAUUUGAAUUUGUUUUAUUUGUACACCAAUAGAUCACAGCACUGUAAUAUCAGGGAGGGCUAUAAUAUGUGGGGCUGCAGUUUUAAAUCUUCUCUGCGCUGAUCUGGAACCUCCUGCCAGGUCCCCUUGACCGUCUCAUUCAUUAAUGCUGCAAAGGCCAGAGAAAUCCUAGAUCAGCAGUCCCUCUCUUAGACCAUUUGUAUUAGGCUUAACUUCAAGAUGCUAAUGGUAGAAGUCUUAAAGGGGAUUUCCAUUUAGAGUGAAGUCGAAAUGUAAAAUCUGGAUCUGCUCCAUACACAAUAAACAGGGAAACUCGUAAUUCACAUAAAAGUAAUUAAUUGUAUGCACUAGAUGCACCACCAUGCUCACUGUUUUCCUGUAUAGGCAUAACUCCAAAUAUUACAUUUUCUAUUUAGUGGACUAAAUAACCAUAUGAAUAAUAUUUACUGUAUUCAGGUCUCAGGUUAGAAUCUAAUAUAGUUUACACAUAAAAUACAUUUUCUAUGUUUCUAUUGACAUACAAAUGAUUUAUUUUCAUACCAUAUGUUGGUGCUGUCAAAUAAAAACUUGCAGAUGAAACUUG